AUGUCAACAGAGGAAAUUCGAGUCGACAAUGAUGAUCACACUAACGAAGGGUAUCCUAUAGAGAACGAAUCUCAGGCGAAGGCGUCUAUCAAGGACAGUGAAGAAGUAAGCGCCCACACAGGAGAAGAUGCAAACAAGGAUAAGGGGUCAGAUGAAGAGGGCGAUAAACAGGACGGCACUGCAGAACAAGCGCCUCAAAUCCCAAUUGAAGCAUCGAAGACUGAAGAUAGGGCAGAGGAUGAAGAUGAGGAUGAGGAUGAUUCCGACGAUGAUAAUUUCCCUAUCAACGAAGAUGCCCCCCGGGGCCGUGUUGUUGGGCCAGUAGCUGGCCAAAGGCCCCCUAAACCUCGAUAA